AUGGCAUCUGCGUCAACGUUAAAAUCUAAACCAUCCCAAAAACAAGGAAUGCAAGGACAAGCUGAUGAUAAUGAAGGCGUAAAUGUAGGCAACACAGAAGGAGAUGAAGAACGUGGAGGGAUUUCAGUAGUGGAAAUGCUUAGAUUUCUAGAGGGAUGGUACAAUAAGGAAGAAACGACGCGAGAG